AGAAGCCAUCUAAGACGAAGAAGAAAAAAAGCACAGGACUUUCCGGUUUGGCUUUUAAAGGAUUGUUGACAAGCUUGGUGGAGAGGACUUAAGAGUUAAGAUGCUGCUGGUUUUGUCUGAAGAACAUAAAGAACAUCUCAACUUCCUGCACAAAGUGGACGCAGCAGUGGUUGGAGAGUUUGGCCGCAUCGCAUUGGAAUUCCUAAGGAAAGGAAUCAGUCCCAAAAUCUACGAGGGAGCUGCCAGGAAGCUGGCUGUUCCAGUGGAAAUGGUGCAGCAUAGCGUGGAGGGCCUCAUGUUUCUCAUGACUGAGAGCUCCAAACACAUGCUCUCUGAGGUGGAUUUUUUGGACUCAGUGUUGGCUUUGGAGUUUGGUGAUGACCUCAACCAGGCCCUCCUGCAGAUGUACAAGCAGCAUCACAGUGAGAUCCGCAGCAUAUUGACUCUGGUUCCUUCCAACUUGCCCACCUACCACAACAUGGAGUGGAGGCUGGAUGUACAGUUGGCGAGUCGCUCCCUCCGCCAGCAGGUGGUGCCCAUGUUGACCACUAGGCUGCUCCUGACGCACAGACAAGGUUCUUGCACUGAACACAGCAGCAGGGUUCUCCAGAUGAACCUCACCACCCUCCUGCACCUGAUCUCCAUGCUGGAGGCGGCUCUCGGGGCCUUGAAGACCACCCACGCUCGCCGUAUCGUGCGGAACAUAAAAUAACAUCUAGACUGACAAGCUGAAGGAGUGCCAACUUGACUGACUUUGUAUAAGAUGGGCUGUCAUUGUUUGGGCAAGUAAUAUUUGUACGCUAUAUGCUACUUUACAUUGGUAAUGUAAAGUCUUUCACCGGAGAUCAUUCUUCUCAGUGGAAUCAAAUCAUAGAGUGGACUCAAAUUCAAAGCAUUACGACUACAGCUUUGCGGUAUCCAUCCUCACUUGUUAGCAAAGUCAACAUUUUAUACACUUACAGUUGUGAUCAAAAGUUUACAUACACUUGUAAAGAACAUAAUGUUAUGGCUCUGUUGCGUUUCCCGUUAUUUCUACAACUCAGAUUUUUCUCUGAUAGAGUGAUUGGAUCAGAUACUUCUUUGUCACAAAAAACAUUCAUGAAGUUUGGUUCUUUUAUGACUUUAUUAUGGGUCAACUGAAAAUGUGACCAAAUCUGCUGGGUCAAAAAUAUACAUACAGCAACAUAAAUUUGAAAUUUUGGUGACUUAGAAAGUUGUGUAAAUGAAAUGAGCUUCAUAGCAUAGCCUCUUAACUUCUUCUGAGUGAUUAUGAGUGACUACAGCUGGUGACUUCUCUGAGGUCAUUUAAAUAGGGCUCAUUGGCUAAUGCUACAAUGGGAAAGUCAAAGAAGGUCAGCAUGGCUCUGAAAAAGCGAAUCACUGGCUUGAACAAGUCAGGAAAGUCACUUGGAGCCAUUUCAAAGCAGCUGCAGGUCCUAAGAGCAACAGUACAAACAAUUGUAAGUAUAAAGUGAAUGGCACUGUUUUGUCACUGCCACGAUCAGGAAGAAAAUGCAAGCUAUCACCUGCUGCUGAGAGAAAAUUGGUCAGGAGGGCGAAGAGUCAACCGAGAACCAUCAAAAAGCAGAUCUGCCAAGAAUUGGAAGCUGCUGGAGCACAGGUGUCAGUGUCCACAGUCACGUGUGUUUUGCAUCGCCAUGGACUGAGAGGCUCCAAAAGCAGCACCAUAAGGCUCAACUGAAGUUUGCUGCUGAUUACAUGGACAAAGAUAGGAGCUUCUGGAGGAAAUUGCUGUGGUCAGACGAAAGAAAAAAUCGAGCCGUUUGGCAACAAUGCCUAGCAAUAUGUGUGGAGGAUGAAAGGUGAGGCCUUUAACCCCCAAGAACACCAUGCCUAAGGUCAAGCACUGUGGUGGUAGUAUUAUGCUGUUUUGCUGCUAAUGGAACAGCUGCUUUACAGAGAGUAAGAUAAUAGCUAAUGGAGGAUUACCUUCAAAUUCUUCAACAUAACUUGAAAUCAUCAGCCCGAAGGUUGGGUCUUAGGUGCAGUUGGGUGUUUCAACAGGCCAGAACGCAUCAAAAGUGGUAAUGGAAUGGCUAAGUCAGGCUAGAAUUAAGGAUUUAGAAUGGCCUUCCCAAAGUUGAGUUAAACUCCAUUGUAAACAUGUGGACAAUGCUGAAGAAAUAAGUCCAUGGCAGAAAGACAAAAAAUGUAACUGAACUGCACCAAUUCUGCCAAGAGCAGUGGUCAAAGAUUCAACCAGAAGCUUGUAGAUGGCUACCAAAAGCGCCUAAUUGAAGAGAAAAUGGCCAAGGAAGGGACGUGUAACAGAAUAUUAGCAUUGCUGUAUGCAUGUUUCUGAACCAUAAGAUUUGGUCACAUUUUCAGCCAUAAAAGAACCCAACUUCAUGAAUUUUUUUGUAACAAAGUAUCUGUUCCAAUCACUAUCAAAGAAAUCAGAGUUGUAGAAAUAACUGGAAACUCGAGAGCCAUGAGAUUACUCGUUAUGUGUAUGUUAACAUGACCACAACUGUGUGUGUGUGUGUGUGUAUAUAUAUAUAUAUAUAUAUAUAUAUA